AAAAACAGUUUUGUAUCUCAAUUUAAGAUUAAAGGGGAUCUGGGGACACUGACCUUAUACUGGUCCGUGGAGUAAUGCACUUUCAGGAGUUCCACGGAAUCACCACCGCUAUUUCCGUGAUAUCGAUACAUCGAUACUUCCGCGAGUGGUUGACCCAGCUCCACUUUGGUCCUUCCAGCUGGUAUCGUAUCUGUUGCCUGGUCAUGGAGCAGCAGCCCCAGGCGAGAGCCUCCUCCUCGAUGGGGAGCGGCAAGCCCCAGGACUCUGGUGUCCUCACGCGCGAGGACUUCGACGGCGGACCCGUCAGCAUCGACGAGGUGGACACGGGGCUUUUUCUGGGCAACCUGACGGCAGCAACGCACAUGGAGACGCUGCGCUCCUUUAAGAUCACGCACAUCCUCACGCUGGACUCGGUUCCCCUGCCGCAGCACAUCCUAGAGGCGAGCUUCCUGACCACCAAGUACAUCCAGAUCGCCGACAUGCCGCGCGAGGACAUCCUGCAGCAUCUGGAGGGCUGCGUGGACUUUAUCAGCGCCGCCUUGGCCCAGCAGGGCAACGUCCUGGUCCACUGCUACUUCGGCGUGAGUCGCAGCUCCUCCACGGUCAUCGCCUACAUGAUGAAGCGGCACAACCUGGACUUUUUGCCCGCCUACGAGAUGGUCAAGGCCAAGCGUCGCUUUGUCCAGCCGAAUGCCGGCUUCGUCAGCCAGCUAAAGCUCUUCCGGCGCAUGGGCUGCAAGAUCGACCCGAACUGCCAGCGCUACAAGAUCCACCGCCUGCGCCUGGCCGGCGAGCAGAUGCGCAAGGCCAAGAUCCUGCCGCAGAGCUUCCACAGCGUUGUCCGUCCGGAUCCGGAUAUUACGCGCGAGAACCCAGAGCCCAUAGUGUUUCGCUGUCGUCGCUGCCGCCGCGUCCUAGCCUCCAAAUCGCACGUACUGGAGCACAAACCUCGCGACAGGCCGUCGGAGCAGGUGAUGCCCAAGGAGAAGGAGGAAGCAGCUGGGCAGGGUCCGUCGCAGGAUCAGGCCGAGAAUCCCAGUGGUCCCCGGAUGCUGGAGCAGCUAGCCGAGCGCAUCCGCCAGUCGUCGCUCGGAUCGCCUGGCCAUGAGGGCACACCAAACAACUGCAGCAGCAUAUUGUUCGUGGAGCCCAUUGCCUGGAUGCACCGCAUCAUGCUGAACACCCAGGGCCGCCUCUACUGUCCCAAGUGCGAGCAGAAACUCGGAAACUUUAGCUGGAUCAAUGCCUGCAAGUGUCCGUGCGGGGAGACGAUGACGCCUGCAUUUUACCUAAUACCUUCCAAGGUGGAGCUCUCCAAGGCCGUGCAGAACGUGCAGACCACGGUGUAGGUGCAGCAUGCACGAAGUAGAACGAGAUGGCGCCAGUGGUGGGCUACUGAAUGGCCAGCAAUCGCAGAUCGGCAAUCGGCCACCUCGACCAGAGCUAACGCUUUGAUCGCUGGCUGCAGUCCCUUGAGAGGAGUAUUGAACCACACUGGACACAAUUGAUGCCCAAGGGCAUAGAAUUGGGUUAAUAUAGAAUCUAAGGGCAAUUGCAGUUGCCGCUUUGGUUUCUAACGCGUGGUUUUACGAGAGGCUUAGUUUCACAUAAGCCACAUGUUAAAUGUAAGAUGUGAUAGUGCAAUUGUCCUUAGAAUACCCUUCAGUAAAACCACAUUGUUUCGCUGCUAUGGGGCGCAUUAUUUCAUUGCUGAAAAUCUGAGAUCUUUAAAAAGCAUCUUUAAAGCAUAUAAAGCAUAUAAAACCUUGUAGCACCCCUUAAGAAAACGGUCUCGAAUCGGUUAGAAACUUUCCAUAGUUAUUCAAAUGUAAACUAACAUAUCCCAAAAACCAACUCCAUUUGCAAUUCGUUCGGCAAAAAGUCACUUUUCUGAGUGAGAAACAAUCAAUGAGUUAUUAAUUAAUUCCAAAAGGCAUUACAAACAUUGACAGUUCGAGUUGGUUCAAUUUAGUGAAAAGAAAACUGUAAGGUUAGCAAGGAGUUUCAUUUAUAGUUGCAACUUGCAAACAACAUUGUUUCAUUUUAAAUAGUUAGCCAAUAUAUGUACAUUUGCCGAUAUGAAUAAUUAUACACGUAAGUGCAUAAAUUGCACCCACACUCGUUGGAAACCAUGAUACAAAUAUCGAUUUUUGCUGUUCCAUAUGCAUUUGCAUAGCUUUUGGCAUGUUACCACACAAACUACAUACUAUAAAUGUAUUUUAGAUAUUUUAACCUUUUUGGAAAGUAUUUUACGCAAAUAUGAGGAAAAACCAAAAUAUUUUCAAUGACAAUAUCUAAAUUUACGCAAUUAAUGUUAUAAUCAAGAGUUUGACCGCCAAAAAUUCAUGUCAGGUGGUCGAACACGGACCACGGAGGGGAAAAACGUCGCCUUCGUUGGACCCUCAGGCAUGGACAUUACCUUAUCGAUAUUGAUGUGCUUUGUUGACCCGUUUAAGAUAUAUGAACUGUAUGUAAAUGAGUGUGUAUUGAUAUUAAAGUCAAAAUCGUUUGUUUUCCA